GGAAGAGAGAGAGAGAGAGAGAGGGAGGGAGAGAGAGAGAGGGAGGAGAGAAACACACAGACACACACGCACACACACGCACACAAAUUGAGCCUCAUCUAUCGCAGUGGGUCACUUAAUCUGAGCCAUUUGGAGCGGGAGGCGACCCGGAGCGCACAGGAGCCGCAGCCAGGGAUCAGAUCAUCACAAUAAAGAUCAGCGGUGAUAAUCACACAGAGAAGCAGCAGCACAUUGCUCCACACAGGGAACACACACACACACUGACAGACACACACGCUCAGACACGGAAGAGGAGGUUGAGCGAGCGGAGGACGCACGGAAAAGUUCAACUUCUUCCUCUCGCCGGAUCGUUUGUGUUCAGAGCCCCGAGCAGAGAGGACCGGGAGGCGAAGACCGAACCAGGCUGGAGAAGAUGCCGCGGGUAGUUCCGGACCAGAGGAGCAAGUUUGAGAAUGAGGAGUUUUUCCGCAAGUUGAGCAGGGAGUGUGAGAUUAAAUACACUGGGUUCAGAGACAGGCCCCACGAGGAGAGACAAGCUCGCUUCCAGAACGCCUGCAGGGACGGACGCUCAGAAAUAGCAUUUGUAGCUACAGGCACCAACCUCUCUCUCCAGUUCUUCCCAGCCAACGUGCAUGGAGACCAGCGACAGGUUCCCACGAGGGAAUAUGUCGACUUUGAAAGAGAGACUGGAAAGGUGUCAGACAAAGACAAAAAGAAUGCGCGUGUCUAUUUAAAAGCCCCUAUGAUCUUGAAUGGGGUGUGUGUGAUGUGGAGAGGCUGGAUCGACCUGCAGAGGCUGGAUGGGAUGGGAUACCUGGAGUAUGAUGAUGAGCGGGCACAGCAGGAGGACGCUUUGGCUCAGGCAGCUUUUGAAGAGACCCGACGCAGAACCAGAGACUUUGAAGACAGAGACCGAUCGCACAGAGAGGAUCUGGAGGACCCUGUGGUUUCUAAAAUCUGGGACUGAUGACACACAGACAGACAGACAGCCAGCAGAAAAGAACAGGUCCAGACGACAGCAGGACCACAGCCCUGGCUCAAACAUGGCCAACGCUGACGUGGAGCACAAGAUGCGCUGAGGAGGAGGAGGGUGGCGAUGAGGAAGGAGUGGAAAGAGGAAGAGGAGGAAACCGGGUGCUGGCAAUCUGUUCACUUUCAACACAAUCAAUAGAAAAGAAAAGCUUUAGACCAAUUGCUCAUCGUUAUUCUAGAAAAGGACUUUUUUUCCAAUGCCAAGAUUAUUUUGAAUAUUUGAAUGUAGAGGGUAAACAAACUUCCUGAAUUGAUUUGAAUUGAAAGUGAAUGAAAGCCACAGACAAGACGGAUUAAAAGGCAACGACAGA